AUUACACAAUUUCUGGAAAAGUCCAAAGUCAGGGGCAUUCUCAUCCCCUGAAUCACGUUGUGAACAUCACCCAGCCUCCCAGUAUAUAAACCUAUCAGAGAAGUCACAGUCCAUCUGCAAGGAAGAAACAGGAUCAAUGCAAGACAGCAUCUGAAAUUUGGACACAAGCAGCCACCAAAGAUGAAGAUCUCAUGGUCUCUACUGGGGCUUUCUCUGCUCUACCUCUCUGUUGAGUGUCUGCUACUCCCAACUAAAGAGGAGCUCAAUCAGAUCUCAAUGCUUAGUGAAAAGUACCUGGAUAAACAGAUUGAAAAUGCCAUCACUGGGGUGAAAGAGAUGAAGACUGUGAUGGAGAGAUCAGAGGAGAACCACAAGAGGUUCCUGUCAGAGCUUGAGAAAACCAAGCAACAGAAAGAGAAUGCCCUGAAGAAUGCUCAGGAGAUGGAGGAGAAGCUGAAUGAGGAACAGAGUGUGUGUAAUGAAACCAUGCAGGCUCUGUGGGAGGAGUGUAAGCCCUGUUUGAGGAGCACUUGUGUAAAGUAUUACUCACGCACCUGCAGCAGUGGAGCUGGCCUUGUGGGACGACAGCUGGAAGAGGUUUUGAACAGGACUUCUCCCAUCUCAAUCUGGAUAAACGGGCAGAACAUUGAGACUCUGGUGGACCAGGAUCAGAAGCAGACCAGACACUUCCAGGACCUGGAGGAACGCUAUACAGAGGUGGCCGAUGGAGUGGACAACAUUUUCAUGGACAGCAUGAGGGUUUUUGACCACAUGCGUGCCUUCCACCAGCCCAGCUUCUUCCCCAGUCCCUUCCGUAUGCCCAGCAUCUUCGGCAGGCCGGACACAACAGCCAGCAGGGCUGCUCGUGUCUACAGGUCACCCCUGCAUGACCCUGAGUUCCACGGCUUCCAUAGCAUGUUCCGGCCCAUGAUGGAGAUGGCGAGAAACAUGAUGGAAUCAUUUGGACCCCACAUGGGAAAUGAAAUGGAUUUCCCAUCACAGGAUGGAAGAGUGAAUGAGGACGUCAUCAUAACCAAACCAUUUGGAAAUGAUAAGAUGACUUGCAGGGAGAUCCGUCGUAAUUCUGCAGGUUGCAUUCAAUUAAAAGAAGAGUGUGAGAAAUGUAAAGAAAUCCAACACAUUGAUUGUUCUGGAAAGCGGCCCCUGGAAGGCCCCCUGAAGGAGGAGCUGGAAAGGGCUCUAGCAAGGGCUGAGAGAUUCACCCAGGAGUACAACAACAUUCUGAGGCGAUUUGAAGAGCAGAUGUUCAACACCUCUAGUGUGCUGGACCUGUUCAACAAGCAGUUUGGUUGGGUGUCCUCUUUAGCUAACCACACUCAAAAUCAGGACGGUUUCUUUAAAAUACAGGCGGUGGUGUCAAAAGGCAUGGAUAAUGCUGAGAAUCCAGCUGACACAAAAGUGUCAGUCAAACUGUUUGAUGGGCCAGAUAUGAGCUUCACAGUGCCAGGAGACAUUCCCUGGAGCGACCCCAAAUUCUCUGAGGUGGUGGCACAGGAGGCUUUGGAUCGUUACAAACAGAACACUGUAGUCACAAACUAAAUGCUUAGAGGGUGGGUACUUCCAGUGAAGGAGGGAUUGGCUGAGAAAACUGACAAGUACCUUAGAGGAUCCUUCUGAAUUAUAAUUAUACCAUUGAAUACUGCGAGAUGUUGUACUCCUGUAGCUUGAUUUCUGUUGUCUAGCAUUAUUCCUUUCUGUCUCAUUCUGCUUAAAAUUCAGAGAACCUACAGAGAUUGUAUAGAAUAAGAGCUUGUGAACUUAUAAUCAAUUGUGCAUUGUGAAAUGUCAAUAAUAAAACAAACAAAAUUAAAAAUA